AUGCCGCUUGGCGUCAGCAACUCGGCGGCAAUCCUGAAGCUCGUGCAGUACCCCGGCGCCGGUGCCUGCGGCGGCCAGACCUGGCUGUACGACUGCGCGCAAUCUGCCUCGGCCACCAUUGGCAGCGGCGGCUUCACCAUCACGCCUGGCGCCGACGCCGGCUCGGCGGCGCUGCCCGGCGCCGCCGGCCUGGGCGGUGGCGGCGGCGGCGGCGGCUUGGGCGGCCUUGGCGGCGGGCUCAGCAGCGCCGUGGGGGCGGGCACUGGCGCAAGCGGCCUGGGCGGUGCGGGGCCAAGCGGGGGACUGAGCGGCGGCACGGGCCUCAGCGGCCUCGGUAGCGGGGCAGGCAUGGGCCCUCUGAGUGGCGGCGCGGGAACAGCCAGCGGCAGCUCUGCGGGCGGUGUGAGCGCCGCCAGCAUCUUGGCCAACUCAAACGUGGGCGCUGCUGCGGCCCCAGGCUCUGACCAGUUCGGCCGCCGCCUGCAGCAGUACGCCGUGGGCAGCGCCGCAGACCCGGCCGUCGCAAAUGGCCCGCCCCCCGGCAGCAGCCUCGGCGGCUUUGGCGCCGCGCCCGCAGCGACGCCGGGCCAAGGUGCUGCACCGGGCCAGGUUGCUGCGCCGGGCGUCGGUGCCGCGCCGGGCUUUGGAGCCGCGCCCGCAGCUGCACCAGGCCAAGUCGCUGCGCCGGACGUCGGUGCUACGCCGGGCUUUGGCGCCGCACCCACGGCCGCACCGGGCCCAGGUGCUGCGCCGGGCGUCGGUGCCGCGCAGGGCUUUGGAGCCGCGCCCGCGGCCGCGCUGGGCCAAGGUGCUGCCCCGGGCCAGGGUGCUGCGCCGGUCGUCGGUGCCGCACCAGGCUUUGGAGCCGCGCCUGUUGCGCGUGACGACCCGAAUGCAGGCCUGGGAGCCAGCACCGGCGGUGGCGCCGGUGCCGGCUUUGGUGCCGCGCCUGUCAUGGGUGCGGCGCCGGCCGCGGGCCUUGGAGCCGGCACCGGCUUCGGAGCCGGCGGCGGCCUGGGCGGCGACGCCGGCCUCCGCCCGGGCGCAGGCCUGGCGGUCGCGGCCCCGGCCACCGGCGCAGCGGCGGGCACGUGCAGCAAUAGCGUUCAAGGGGUGGUCACCUCUGUCAAUGCGGGCGCCCUGCUGAUCCCGGGAUUCAGGACCCUGGCCACCGCCACGACCCGCGGCAACGACACGCUCGUCAUCACCCUGCCCGUCGCCGGGGGCGGCUGCGUGGCGGCCUACAAACUUGUGCAAGGCAACCUGCUGACGCUGACCGGGCCGCCGCCGCCGCCACCACUGGUGGCCAACACAACGGCGACAGCUGCGCCAGCGGCGGCCAAGGCGGCGGCGUCGUCCGCCGCCCGGGCUGCGCAUUUGGCAGCCAUCACGCCCACGCUGGCGGCAGCGGUGCUGGCCCUGAUGGCCCUGUGA